AUGGGUACGUUUUCAGACUUUUUUUCAUCAUAUCAAUCGUCCGACGAGCCGUCCGCUUUACAGCGGCCAAUACAAAACAAAUCGAAACAAGCUUUCAAGAUUGAUGGACCGAUUAGCUCGACGAACGGCGUCCCACGCCUAUCUUUUUUAUUGGCAACCAUAUUACUGAUAGGCUUCGAGCCAGUCUGAUUUCACGCAUCGAUGUUUCCGAGUUUAGGAAUUCGGCUUCACAUCUCAUUUAUGUUUUAAUAACGGUUUUCAGUUAUUCAAAAAUUGUUAUAAAAUAAAUGUUAGUCUGUUUUUUUUUCUAUUUUUUUUCUGUUUUGGUCUUAUGGGUCUGAAGUUUCUGCAGAUAAAUUUUUUUUAAGUCUUACUUCUCAUCUUUAGUGAACUUACAAACAGAUAAAAAGCUUGUUGAUCAUCUUGCUGUCUCAAAAAUUUACUUUCAAGACCUGAUUUAUUUUUUUAAAAAAAUUUUAUCUUUCCGUGUGAUAGUAUAAUACAUAUUUCCAUUUAGUACUCAGUUACUCAAUUUUUUUCUCCCAAACUUGAUGCUGAUUUUUUUCAACACAAAAUCGGUGAUAAAAAAGCUUUUCUCUUUAGUAAAAUUUAAUAGUAAACUUUUUUUUGAAUAUAACUUGAUAAUUCUUUCAGGCAAAAAGUGCGAUGUCUGUCGAAAAAAAUGUUCCGGAGACGUGUUGAAAGCUAACGACAAGUACUUUCAUAUCAACUGCUUUCAGUGCAAAAGUGAGUUUCUCAUAAUUUUUUGUUGCGAGUUCUGUUUGCACAAACUUUCAGCAACGAUCUCUUUUGUUUUUUCAAUGUUUGUGAAUUCUUUUCCACCUCGCAGGCGAGCGUAGAAAAGGGAACGUGAGCGGUGUGAAAGCUUCAGGAAUAUAGUUUUUCAAGUCUGCCAAAACUUUUCAAUUUAGAAAAAAAAGCAUAUACUUUAUUCAUAGUCCAAUGGUGGAAAAAAAUCAGCCUGGAAAACAACUUUGGAGUUUCAGAAUGCAGAAGGAAUCUUGGAGAGACAGGCUUCUAUACGACGUCAGACAAUUCGUACUUGUGUCCAGAAGAUUUCCGAGCGGCGACCAAGGAGUUGACAGUAAAGACGAGUGGAGCGCCGUCUACCGCCGUCGCUGCUUCCAAGUCGCCGCCUCAAUCCAACGGGACCACCAACGGUGACAACGCCUCGAAUGUGGCCACCUCGCAGCAGGUCUCGCCCCUCGGAUCUCCAACAAGUCAGUUCUUUUUAUUUUCCAACUUGGUAACGAUUAGAUUCACCCAAACGCUCAACAUAGCGUGAAAUUAUUUGCUAGAAGAGCAAAUAUUUUCCGAACCAGUCAUGUUUCAAUCAUUUUUCAAACAAUCAGUUCCUGUAGACGUUGAAUAGCGCAAAAGUUUGGUAGAACAAAAUUCUGAAAUCCCACAGAAUUGAUAUUUGCUCCAAGUUUUGUUGAUGGAAUUGAAAAAUCGUAUAUAAGCAAUGAAAACUUCAGAAUGAAAAAAAUACAAGUUUAAUAUGAAAAAAAGCUUAAAAAAAGAAACAAAUAAAAACCAUAUUUUUUUGAUAUUUUAUGUUGAUUGUAUGAACACUUCUGAACACUUUGGCGAUUUUUCGAACAUAGAAUAUUGCAAUCGGGAUGACCUCAAGUAACCCGAGGGAUGGAGAAUAGAAAUAUGAAUUUCGGGACAGCUGUAAUCCCUGAAAGUUAUUUGAUUUGUUCUCAGAAAGACUUUUGUUAGUUUCUUUCAAGAUCCCACAUAGCGGCAUAUUCAUAAAAAAAUUUUUCGUUUUCACCCGUCCGCAUUAUUAAGCACGCUAUAUCUUGACGAGCGGUUCGGGUAUACUGCCUUUCUGUUUUUCAAACUUUCUUUCCCAAGAUUUUCUGAUCGUGUAUAUUUCGCUUUUUGUGCUUUUCUUCUCAGCGCAUCGGUUGUGCAUAAACAAAAAUGAGAGCCAUACUCUUCUCAAAAUAUUUCAGCCACCUCUCCGAGUACAAAAAGCGUUUUUUUUCAACUAUUCAUUCUUCCAUUUCUCUCAAUAAUCUCUCUCGAGUGUUUUAUUUGUUUACAAAAUCACUCACGUACACUGCGCGAUUUGCCGUUUGUGAAAGAUUCUAGUUUCUCGACAGAACUUUUACAGAUGAAGUAGCAUGGCUUUUCAUUCUUUCAAUCAAACCUUUUUUCGUGUGAAAAAUUUAACGGCUUGCUUGAAAUAGGUUAUACAUACUUUAUCCCUAACAAUCUCGAACAACUGUAGCAAUAAUAAGAAGGAGUUUCUUCGCUUUAUUUCUUAUCUUAUAGAAUGAAAAACUUGUCACAUAGUUUUUUAGUUUACUUCAGUAAACUUCGAAAGUAUCAUUGCUCUGCAUUUCUAACAGAACUCAGAGAUUUGUGGUGAGUUUUUAGAGUCCAAGAGAAGCCCUUUUGGGUCGCCAACUCAAACAACGGAGAGAAAAAGUGAGACACUCUGUCAUGCCAUGACGUUUCGAGUUUUUUAUGCUUGCCUAGUCACAAAGCUUUCUGAUACGUAGGGACCGCAAGCCAUUUUUUCAAAAUGAUCCUAAAGAUAUUUUCCCAUGGUUCGAUAGAGAAGAUUGUCUAAAUUCAUAAUCCUUAUAGUUUUCGAAAAAAAAACUUUCUAACAAAAAAGUUAUGUCCAAAAAACUAGCGCGCGGUGCGAUGAACUGCAGGCUCAAUCUCACGGUUUACCCGCUGCAGAACGCUUUCUUUUAUUUUAUUUCGCGUUUUUGUGGACUGUUUAUGAAUCGGUUUCAGGUUGCUAAACAUUGAGUAGACUGUGCUGAACAAUAGCUAGCUCAUUUCAUAAAUUCCACUGAAAAUAAAUUUAAAAACUAAAAUAAACCUUCGAGAAAGCCUGAAAACACUUUGUUCUAAAUUAUACUUCUUUCAAACUUUUCCAAAAAUAGUCUUCAACGGUCUUAUAAACCAGAAAACAAAAUUCACUUUGAUGUAUUUUAGGUGAACCCAAAAAAUCGAUAAAUUGAAAUUUUUAGAUUAAAACGCGCCAAGCAGCAGAAUUACGCAAUGCUACACCAAAAUGCGCAAAUUUUAUUUCGAAAAAAAUGAGAAAAAAAUUGCUUGUUUAAACGUAUCAUACUUUUUGGGGGCGCAGCCAAAAAUUUUCUCAUUUUUUUCUAAACUUUAAAAAGUUAACCAGAUUUGUUAGGCGAUGUCGAUUACAUAUGAUAGUGAAAAAAAUUUUACUUUUUUUCAAUUUUAUUAUAACGUAUAAAAAAACGGAAUAACGUUUUUUGCAACAAAACAUGGCGCGUUUUAUGAGGGAAAAUGGCGUGGCUCUGCGGCCCCUGUUGAUACGCUCCCUACUAGUGGGUAAAGUGCGUUUAACUUUAUCUCAAUAUUUUAUCCAGUCAUAAUGAUCUCUCUUCAUCGGAAAUGAAAAAAUAAAAACAAAAAUGUUUCAUUUUCGCUCGCUCUAUUACGCUUGCACGUUUUUAAAAGAGGUUUGAUCAUAAUUAGAGUUUCAAAAGAUACUGUAAAAUCGAAUUAAAACGGGAAAAAGGGUAAUGUUGCCUAAUCUGGUUUUUUUUUCAAGUUGUUUAGUAUUGACCUCUAUUAAUAAAAAUUUAUAAUGAGAAUUGCAGCAUGUGCGGCGUGCGACCAGCCACUGCACCAGGGACAAGUCCUGCUGGCCCUCGGUAUGUCUUGGCAUGUGUACUGCUUCAAAUGCAGCGAGUGCGCGGCUGUUCUCCAUGGCGAGUACAUGGCUCAAGACGGGAAGCCUCUGUGUCUUCGGGACUAUAACGAGAAACACGGUGUCAAGUGCUACGAAUGCCAAAAGUUCAUUGCUGGCAAAGUUCUUCAGGUAUUAUAAUAAAAUAUUGCAAAAAAUUCCAAACUAUCAAUUCUUUUGAUUCUUACUUACUUUUUAUUUCAAAUUGAAAAAGAAAUUUCAAAAAGAAAAACCAAAUUUUUUUCUUCUCCCGAUUAUCCGAAAAAUUUUAGGAGUAAUUUGAAUUAUCAUUGAAAAAUUUUUUUAGUCAUAAGUUUUUUUACAAAUUUUAACCUCUUUUUUUCAGUAAAAUUAUUGUUCAAAUAAAUCAAAUCAUCAAUCGAAUUGUUGAUCAGUUUGAAAACAAAUAUUUUCGACUAGUAGUAAUUUCUUACACUUAGUCGAUGUAUUAAAGAUUUUUGUAAAAACCUUGCUCUACCAAUAAUCAUUAUUUUAUGAAGAGAAAAGCAAUUUCCAGGCGGGAGGCUACAAAUUCCAUCCAACUUGCGCUCGUUGCUCACGAUGCGGCUCACACUUUGGUGAUGGCGAGGAGAUGUACAUGCAGGGGGACGAAAUUUGGCAUCCGUCUUGUGAACACGCUCGUACCACCGAAAACAUAGCGGUGAGCUGACUUUUUAUUUUAAAAGUGCAAUAAAAUUUUCAAAAUUCGAAAAAAAGUUGGUCGUUUCAAAACUGGGAUUCUCAGCCUUCUGGUCGGGCAGCUUCGAUGUCCCGUAACGAGCCGAAAUACCAAUCGACAUUUGGAACUCAUCAAGCCUACAUGUACCUGCUUCCGGAAGCUGAGCAGACCUACCUGCGUCAUCCGAUCACCAAUCCAAAAGAACCAAACGCACCUCAGUUUCAUGUUCCACAAGGUAAAAUUUGUUGGAUAAAUUGAACCUAAAUUUUUUUCAGGCCCUAUUAAGAUCCGGAAGUCGCGGCUGUCCAUGUUGAAGACUGGAAUGCAAAGAUUGAGUGAGUGGGACCCCUUAUAAAAAUAAAAAGAGCUGAUGAUCAAAUCAAUAACAAUUUUUAGCCGAGGAUCUUGAGAAAAAUAUUCCAAGACCUAAAUCGCCUCAUAUGGACAAUGAAGAGCCGAUAGAACUGGCUCACUAUCCCGCAGCAAAAGUUCCUGAUCCUGACAAGGUACGAAUUUUUUUCAUCAUAAAAGAUAAAAAUUUCCUUUUCAGUUACCUGCCAUUGAACGCGAUGAUUUCCCAGCUCCUCCCUAUCCUUAUGCAGUGGAAGGUGGGAAAAUUUUUUUUUUCAUCUGUAAGUAUUAAAAAUUUUGAGAGUUGAAAAGAAGGCUUUCAACUUCAUCGAUCGAGAAUGAGAUCUCGGAUGACGAUCUUUCCGAAAGCGAAAGGAUCGACGAAGUUAAGCUGAAAAAGGUUUGAAUUUGGUUUUUUUCUGAAAAAUACAUUUACUUCAAAAAUCAACGUCUUUUUUUUAACAAGAAAGUCUGUUUUUUUCAGACGGUUGAGACAUUAGAAAAAUUUGGCGAUUCCUCCAUCGCACACGUCAUCAAGCAGAACAUCGAGGACAGCCACAAAAAACAAAGGUUUUUGACAUUAUGAUUUUUUUCUAGAAAAAUAAUCAGACUGCCUCUUCACUGGGAUCCUCGGAAUGCCAGCCGAACGCCAUCCGGCAAGAAAAUGCCCCAUCUCAAGUUCCGCUAUGAUGUCCCGAUAAAUGCCUGUUCGUUUUUCACCUUUUAUAAAUUAUGACAGCAAAAGUUUUUCUGAAUUUUAUCAACUCCAGUAAUUCAAAUAGGGAGAAGAAAUUUUGAAUUUGCAGUUCAUUUUUUCGCGCUAUUUUUGAUGGAAUUUAUUUAUUGUCAAAGCUAGACAUUCAAGCUGCUCUAGAUCACUUCAGUCGAGACCAGUCGAUGUGUUUAUGAACUUUUUACUUCGACUUGAUACGAUUUUGCUUCAAAAUAUCUGCUGAUGCAUUUGAAAAAAAAAACUUCUAAAAUUCAAAGUUAAUCAACAAUUUUUGAUGGUAUGAAAAAAAGCCAGCGAAUGUUCAAACGGCGAUUUUUCCAAUUUUUUUCGUGACGCGGGAACUUUCCGACGGCCACCUUUCCGACGAAUCUUUUUUUCGACUUUUUUUGGCUUAUAUUUUUUUCGAUUUAUAAGAUAUCUAUUAACAUUUGUUUCCUAUUUAUUUGUUUUUUAAUCGUGAGUAGCUUGCCUACUUUAUAUAAAGAUUUAAAACGAAGAAUUUAACGAGAAAAAAAGUCGGAAAAAGAUUCUUCGGAAAGGUGGCCGUCGGAAAAUUCCCUAGCAAUAUGAAAAAAUCGGAAAAGUCGCCGUUUGAAUUUUUGCUGGACUUUUUUCCAUGCCAACCAAUUUUUAACCAGAAUGGAUAAAAAAUUAUUACUGCUACUUAUUGAUUACGGGAAUUGAUUCCGACAAGUUCAUUCGAAAGCAAAAAAAAAGUUUGAAUCCCUAUUUUCGCUCCGCCGAAGAAAAUUAACCGCGGUGGAGGAUUUUUUCGAUUGUUGUUUCUUAGUUUUCUUUCAGAAGGAUAAUCAACUAUAAGAAAACCAUCAAAUGCUGACAAAAAUUUUCAGCGCCUUCACGACAUAUGAGCCGUCCUCGGCCAUGGGUCGCCUGGCAAGGCGGAGAGCGCGACGCCGGUGGAAACACCCUACCGUGUUUUCACUUGCCCGAAAGCCGCGCCAACACUUUGCGUGCUGCCACGCUACCUACCGGCUAUCCUUAUGGACAGAACUUGUCCAUGGAGCACCUUGACACUACCAUUAGCAGCCAUUAUUCUGACCGUAAGCUAUUUUUCAGACAUUCACAAUUUUUGGGCACGGGAAAGAAACGGUACCGUCAGAAAAGAUACAAAAAAACGCGACUUUGGUCACAACUUUCUUGUAAGGAGUUCAAUCUUCCUGGAAGUUUCUGAAACAGCGCUCAUUUCUGUAAACGAACACCUCAUCAAAAUGUAAAAAUAGCAGUCCUCACAGCUUCAGGAAGUUUCAGAAAGAGUGAAUUCUCUACAAGAAAGUUAAUUUCGUAUCUUUUCUGACGAUACUGUUCCUCUUUUUCAAUAAAAAGCUGGGAAUUGUCAGGUUUGGAGUAAUAUUCAACGGGAAAAUUCUGGAUAUGAACUAAUCCCACCACACAAAUGAUGAUGAAUAAGAAAAUUGUGAAAGUUCGUUAGUAAGUUCGUCUUGAUGUUGAUCAAUUUUUAUGACAUGCGCAUCAAAAAAUCAAAAUAGUUUUUUUCAGAUUCACUGUCGGCGGCGACUGGAACUGGAGGAAGCACUAUGGGCCGAGGCCCGAGGUCUUCUGGUGGCGCCGCUCUGAGGUCGUCUCUUCCGGAUAUGAGCAAGCCUGUCAAACAGUACGACAUCCAACUACUGCAAACCACUAACAAAGAUCUACCCGAGGAUGUCGAUAGGUAGUUUCUCUUCUUAUUUUCUCAUCUCAUUCGUUUUUUUCUUCAGGCAACACUUGGAACGCCAUUUGAACAAAGAACAAUUUGAAAAAACUUUUAACAUGGCGCCGAUCGAGUUCUACAAGCUGCCAGAAUGGAAGCGAAUCAAUUUGAAACGGAAGAACAAACUUUUCUAG